UUGGCCGCUGUGAGCCAUGGCCGCUGGCGGGCCCGGCCUGGCAACGGGUGGUGGCUGCGGGCCCAGCCUGGCCACGGCGAAGGGCCAAGGUGGUGAGGCGGGCGGGCGGGCAGCCGGCAGAUGGCCGGCGGCCGGCCCCGUUACCAGGGCAGAAGGUGGGAGUGGGGGAGAGGUGGCUGGCCUGCUGCUGGCCGCAAGGACUGGCAAGCAGCAGCAGUGGGCACAGCAGGCCGUGGAGGCGGCACUUGGUGUGGCGGGCCCGCCGGCGGGACAGACCGCAGAGGCGGCUCUCAGCCAGGCGCGCCGGCCAGGCCAGGAGGAGCCCGUGGGAGACUGGGGUGGGAGGGAACCAGGUGGUGGGACUUUCCAGUUCGCCGCCGAGGAGGAGCGGUGGUGGCGGCCGGUUUCGGCUGGGUCAUGCUGCUGAAGGAGGCAUUUUCCCUGGAGUUCUCCCACAACCCAGGUAUUGCUGGCUCGCUUCUUAUUCUGCGGGGAUUCUCAAGGCUGUUGGUUUGAGCAAAGGGCUCUUUCCAUACUCUUUGGAGAAGCUGCAUCACAUGGAAGCAGCCUUUGGGAAGGCAAUCUACCCACUCCAUUAAAAGCAUCCUGCCCAACACCAGCUGCUAUUUCGCCCCCAAUAUCAGGAAGAGAAGGACAUAAAGGAUAAUUUAUUCAACAAUGCAAUCGGAAGAAACAGAACAUGGUUUUUCUCCAGUGCCAACAUAAGUUCUAGAGAUUCACUGGAAUUGUGUUACCACAUUGCUUGGUCCCCAGGCAUCAUUUCAAGAGGGCCCCUGUGUUCUGUAUUAAUCAGAAAGCCCCUGCUGGGUCAGGCCAAUGAUCUAUCUGCUUCUACACCCUACAGUCACCAACCAGACACUUCCAGGAAGCCGACAAGCACCCUCUCCAACCAUUGCACCCCAGCAACUGGUAUCUUGUGGUAUUGCUUCUGGACAUGAAAGUUUUCUAACU